CUUCAUUAAUUUGUCUCAUCCUUGUGAAGGAGCUGUGCUAGUUUUCUCUGUACCAUUCCAGUUUUAGUAUAUGUGCUUCUGAAACAAGCAUACUUCCCAGAAUAUUUCUUAGAAGCUGAUCUAACUAAAAAUGCCCUAUUUUAUAGAUGAAAUAUAAGGAAAAAAGACAAACAUGGAGACUGAGAAUACAAAGAAAAUACAAGAAAUGAAGACUGACCUGAAGUUAUUAUUGGAAUGUCUGAAGUAUCAUAUGGGUGACCCUUUGUCGCAAAGAGAAGUUCUGGUCACUAUUCAUUCAGUUUGUCAACAAGACGGUGAAGCAAGUAUUUAUUUCCGGGAAAUUGGUGGUUUGAUGUUUGUAAAAAAUCUUGCAAAGUCAAGUGAGCAUAGCAUGGUAAAAGAAGCAGCCUUAUACACAUUAGGAUCUAUUGCAGAAGAAAAUGUUUACUGUCAGCAAACUUUGUGUACUUCAGAAUUAUUUCAAGAUUUAAUCUUGCUCUUAUCUAAUGAUGAUUCAAACACAAAAUUGAAAAGAAUGUCUGUCUAUGUUCUAUUGGUUCUGGUUUCAAAUAAUAGGAAUGGACAAACUCUUGUGAGAGAAACAGGUUGUAUUGAAGUUCUGUCACAGUUGUUCAGGACAGUUCUUUCCAAUUAUGAGUUGAAUUUGUCAGAUAAUAAUGUUUUCCAGAAUUAUCUGUUGUGGUCUUCGGUGUGCAGUACUCUGUGUGUAUGUGUCAACAAUCCUCAAAAUGAUGAGAAUCAAAUACUUUGUUGUUCACUUUUUCCAUAUGCUAAUGAAUGGCUAAUGAAUUGCAUGAAACCGGAAAUCAUUCGCCCUAUAUGUUCAUUUAUUGGACUUACUCUUGCAAAUAAUACCCAUGUUCAGAACUGUUUUGUGUCUGCGGGUGGACUGGAUGUUUUGUCUCAAGUUCUUGUGCAACUACAGUCUGAGUCACAUAAUACUUUUUCCAGUGCUAAGCUUGCAGUGGCAGUGACAAGGACCCUGGAUGCAUGUAUUACUAAUAAUUCAGCUACUUUUGCAGUGGUGUUAUCCAAAUACCACAUUGUUUCUACACUUCUGGCAUUACUGCUUCAUCAAAGUCUUAAUUCAGGAGAAAUGUUUAGCAUCAUACUUGCCAUUGGUCACUGCACAGAGGAUUGUGAGGAAAAUCAGUAUGAACUUUUAAAAAGCAAUGGGAUUCCACUGAUGAUACAAUCCUUAACUGAAUUUAAGAAUGAAGACCUAAACAAAGCUGCCACUUAUGUACUUCAAAACUGCAAAAAGAUUACUGAAAAGUUAUCUCUAAGUCCAGGAGAGAACUUUUUUCAUGAAAACGAAGCAGAACAACUAAAGGACAUGAAUGAAAAGGAAAAUCCUGACAAGCACUGGAAGGCAGCAAAGGGAAUUGUAUGCAGGAUAAAACAAUUUGAAAGAGAAGGGGAAAAGGAAAAACAACAAAGUGGACAAUAUAAGAAUAAUCCCUUAUCUGUGAAAAUAAAAAUGCAGACCAAUAUGCAACAUGUCUGUGCAGAUAGUAUUGAAGGCACCAAAGCAGAAGAUAAGAAUACAAACCAGUCUACACAGCUCCACAAUUAUGAGUCCAGUGGAGUCAUGUCGAAAGCAUGUGCAAAUGAAAACAAAAUGAAGACUCUGAAAAAGAACAUAAAUCCAGUUAAUCCUUUUUUUAGGGAAAGAGGACAAAAUAAGAUUUUACAUAAAGCCACUUUAAGCUGCACUCAAAACUUAAAUGAAAAAGAAACUUUUGACCAAAAGGAUCCUAUUUCUCAACCAAGUGACCAUGUUGUUAAUCAUCUGACUCACACUGUCAAAGAUAGAAAGAAGCUAGUGCCAGAAACAGAUCCAUUUACAUUGUGUUUAGACAUAAUAGAUAAAGAACUUGGUUUUCAAGCAACUGACAGCUGUUUCAGAAUGUUGAAAAAUAGGUGCUCAGGUUGCAUAGUAGUAAGAAAACUCAACAGCCGAAAUUAUAGCAAGCGUCUGCACUCUUGUGCACACCCAUGUGAUCAUCAUAAAGUCAUUAUGGAAGCUGAAGACAAAUAUAAAAGUGAACUAAGGAGAGCAUUUAUCUGUGAAAAACAAAUUUUGCUGACGCCCCGUAGAAGAAGACCAUUUAGUAAAGAACUUCCUGCUUCUGAAGGACUAAACACUGUUCAUCAACAACCAGAUACUCAAAAACCUCUGGGUUUGGAGGCACAGUCCUGUAACACCAGCAUUCCAGAGGCCAAGGAAAGACGAUCCCAAGCACCUGGCCAGUGUGGACUGCAUAAACAAAGAAGAAUUCGUAAAAACUUUACCAAAGAAGAAGUAAAUUACCUUUUCCAUGGAGUUAAAAAAAUGGGAAAUCACUGGAAUUCAAUUUUGUGGUCUUUCCCCUUUCAGAAAGGACGAAGGGCUGUAGACCUUGCUCACAAAUACCACAAGCUCAUCAGAGGCCCCAGCUGUGCAGCCAUGUGACUGGAGGAUUUCUUAGAAGAUAAAAAUCCUUAACUAAAAAAAAAAAAUCCUUAACUCUAAUGAGACUGGGAAUGAUGAAACA